AUGGACAUGAGGGACUCCCCUACAGCCAGCAAAGCUUCGCUGCAUUCUGCUUGCAAGACGAUGGUUGAGCAUUGGGCCUUCGCAGUUGCCAUAGUGGUCCUUUACUUUCCCUAUUCUUUACUUAUGAUAUUCCACGGUGUUCGAGGAAUCAUGCAUCCUCGUCCGCCUCAGAAUUCGCGCUCCAUGAAUACUAAAUCUCUCAGAAUUCAAGCGGCCAUUUAUUUCGCUUUCAGGUACACAGCAAAGCUCUUUCAGCGGGUUAAGCCUCGGAGUGGAAAACAACCAACACAGGUAGUGACGCGAGAGGCCAACGGGAUUAACCAACGCUCGAAUAUAUUUACCAGGCUCCGUCGUGGCGAGAAAUCUACUGCCUUACCUCUACGUGUCCUGCCUUCUAACGUACUUCUCAAGAUUGCUUCAUAUACUCAUUACGUGGAUAUAGUCAACCUACACACUGCCUAUGGCAGUCUUUUCCUCGCCUAUAUUGGGGAUAAUGAAGAAGAGUCUAAGCUUGAGGAGCUUCGAAUGUAUACCUGCGCAUCAGAGCAAGCAAAACAAGAGUGCAGACUUUGCAGAGCACAAAUAUGCGAGUCAUGCUGGAAAUCCGUUCCCGUCCCGCACACAAUAAUACGUACGCAUUUGGAAUCAUGCAAGCCACGUUGCUCUCGUUGCUUCUAUAAAAAAUACAGUCUGAAUGUGUCUGACUGGUGCAAUAUGGACGCUAUCGCAAACAAGCGAUCUCAGCCUCAGCAUGGUCAUUAUAAUCAGCAUAAGAACGUCUGCCGAGGUUGUGCGGCGAUGACCGACUCGGAAAGGCUCCGGAUGGUGGAACUACAGGAUAAGGCGGAGAUGCACAGGUUCUCCAAGGAAUCCUUGUUUUGUGCAGAUUGCAAGGUCAGGUUGCCGCCAUCAGGUCCACGUUGGUGGAUUUGUCUUUGUGGAGAGGAGUGCCGUCAUCAAAUUCAUCCCCCGUGGGGCUUUGGGAGCAAUAGCUAG